CCUUGUGUAUACAGAAAUGAAGGUGGAAGAAGUGUUCAAGCAAGGCCCUCUGCACACUGAUAUCCUUACAGUGUCUGAAGGCGAUGAUAAUCGGUCCCCUCCCAAGCCCCUCCAGCUGGUUGUCCCUUCUCUACAAGGAAACUACCCUGUCCUCCUCUUCCUCCACGGCUUCUAUCUCAAUAAUAAUUACUAUACUCAACUUCUCCAACACGUUGCUUCCCAUGGAUACAUCACAGUUGCUCCCCAGAUGAACUCGUCACUGUGCGUAGCGGACGCCACUGGAGAAAUAGAAGACACGGUGGCCGUCACGGAGUGGCUGUACGAGGCGCUUUACUAUCUGCCGGGAAAAGUCCAGCCGGAUUUCGAAAAACUGGCCAUCGCCGGUCACAGCCGGGGUGGCAAAGUGGCCUUCGGGGCGGUGCUGGGUCGAACCUCACUCCCUCCAUUGCCGUGCGCAGCGCUCCUGGGAAUCGAUCCCGUCGACGGAACGGGUCGCAACAAGCAGACUCCGCCGCCGAUUUUAACAUACGAAGACCAUUCAUUUCCAGGAAAUACUCCGACGUUGGUUAUAGGAUCGGGUUUGGGCUCUAAGAAAGCGAAUUUUUUUGUUCCUGCCUGCGCUCCGGCGGGCGUGAACCAUGUCGAUUUUUUCGCAGAGUGCUGCGCUCCGGCUUAUCAUUUCGUGGCGAAGGAGUACGGUCACAUGGACUUGUUGAAUGAUGAGCUGGAGGGAGUGAUGGGAAAGCUUGUGGAUAGACUGAUACAAUUUGCGUGUAAACACGGGACGGCGAGGGAACCCAUGCGCAGCUUCACUGGAGGAAUCAUGGUGGCUUUUCUCAAGGCAUAUCUGAACAAGGAGACUGAGAUUUUGGAGGAAUUGGUGGCGAAGCCUUCUAUCAUACCGGUGACAGUGGAAACUCCUGAGCGUUAUCUUGACAAAAUAUGCGUCUAAUUUAAGCUGCUACUUUAUUUGAUUAUAUCAUCUGUGGGUUUAAGUUGAGACAAAGAUAAUUUUUAAUUUCUAUAUAUGCUCGCUCUUUCAUAUUAUUGUAAUCUUUUAUAUAAAUGGAGAAAUGUCAUAUCUUA